AUGCACCGGACAAGUUUUAAUGCAACCGCUUCAUUUGUUGCUGCACUAAAAGUGCCAUAUCGGAGACGUUAUAGAAGUGAUAACUUUGUGUGGAUGACAGCCGGUGUUCCAGAAUCAGUCGUUCAACGCGAUCCCAAUUCGCCCACCUCGUGCUCUUUGACAUUUACGCCUCGCGACUGUGAACAGAUGGUUGCCAUGCCAACGGCUAAACAUCUUGUGACCUUUCGGAGGGUCAUUUCCCUGUCCAAAACAGUCUCCUACAGUGAAAACGGGACGAGCACACAGCAUACAGUACGAAAACAGAACGUGAUUCAGCGGGAGAAAGUGCUGGCAGCCGGGAAUGUAGUCAUAGUGACGCGCGAACACGCGGCGAGCCUCCGAGUAUCGUGCCCACGCGUUCAGACUCGCACUUCUAGCCAUCACUACACUUGUGCGUGCCGCAGUUUUCGCGCGCCUUCUUUCGCCGUCGCGACGCCGCGCCAUUUUCUCGCGCACGUGGGCGACGAGCUAAGCGAGGGCGCCCGGACGCUCGGUCCACAAGAACAGCACCGCGUUCCUUGCACGGGGGCGGCUGCACUCCGCCGGCCGUCUCGGACGCCUUUCAGUCGAGGAUGUGGCGCGACAAGCGCGACGACACACAUCACGUUCAAAAUCUGUGUUCAUUUAUCAGUAGACAUUCGUGACGGGUUCAGGGCGGUUCGUAGUGAAAGUCUGUGCCGGUGUGCGAGUGUGGUGUGGUUUGGUGUGCGGGGAUGCGAUCGUGCGAUGCUCUCGGUGAUUGCGAUGCGUCGGCCCGAGGACGAGGAGCUGGGCGGUCGCGGAGACGGCGAAGAGUUUGUGGAUUACACACAGAUGCAACUGCUCGUGGAGGCAGGCCCGAGCGGCCUGCAUUACGGUGGGCCCGCACCUCCGCUGGCUCAACCGCAGCCUUACAUACAAGCGACUCCAACUACAGCCACUACUACCUCAACGUCCGCCUCUGUAGACGAUCUAUUUGCGCUUUAUUUUACACCAACCACCCAUGGCGAGAACCAAUUAGGUAUUAUCAAAUUUUCGUUUCUCAUUAGUUUUUAA